AUGCCUUUUCCUACUUCUCCUGUUUAUGAAAACCUCUUCCACCGGCGUGCAGCUGUUACGCUGGAUGUAGUCAUCGUGGGUGGGAGUAUUGCAGGCCUGUCUGCAGCGUACAACCUCAAGCAAGCUGGUCACAACGUACGUGUAUUGGAGAAGUCAAAUGGAAAACUUACGACUUGUACUGCGAUGCGUAUACCACCGAAUAUGGCGAAGUUGUUACUGCAUUGGGGUGUUGGAGAACAGCUGAAGGCGAGAGGGAUCACACAAUGCCCAAAAAUAAACUUCGUCGACGGCAUGACUGGCGAGCUACAGAGCACCCUUAUUUAUCAUAAGGAGCUGAUGAAAGAGCUACAAGCUGAUAUGUACAAUAUGCGGUAUGGCGAUCUGUAUGAGUUGAUCCGUGACAUCGCAUUGCGCUCCGGUGUGAAAAUCGACUACAACACGACUGUGAUUGAUGUGGAUAAAGAUUGCACAUUUGUGCUUCUUGAGGACGGGUCAAGAAUCAAUGCAGACUUGAUUGUCGGUGCAGAUGGGACCUAUAGCCUCCUACGUGAAAAGAUUGUAGGGAAAAAAGAAGUUCAUCCACUUGGGCCAUUUAAAAUGUACAAUUAUCUUGUCCCCGUUGACACGUUACAGAAGGACCCGCUUCUUCAACCGCUAACAGAAGAUGGAUCGUGGACAUUAUGGAUGGGGGAUUUACAAUGUACCCUUGGUUAUCUUGCUGCGCCGGAUCAUUACCUCGUGCAACAUAUCGAUACGAAAAACACAGGCACACAUGGAUGGAAGCAAACUGUUCCAUUAUCCGAACUUGACUUUUCUGCGUUUGAAGAGAGAGUGCAACGACUUCUGUCUCUCAGUACUCAUGCGGCCGAGAACCAGCAUAUCGUACAAACCCCCAUUGAAAGUUGGUAUUCUAAUAAUGGCAGACUAGUCCUUGUCGGAAACUCCGUUCAUCUCUCAAGUGCAGGGUCUAUGAAUGAAGUUGCUUUGUCGGUGGAGGAUGGCGCGGUCUUGGGCAGCCUGUUCUCGCGACUUCAGUCGAGAGAUCAGGAAGAAAUUCUCCGUCUUCUCGCCGCGUAUCAGAAAAUCCGUCAGGAUCGUUGCAAUGCCAUACUACAAACUGACAACGAGCUCUUGACAUUCUCCACGCUGCCCCCAGGAUCUGCUCGUGACGAACGUAACGCAGGCUUUGCCAGGGCAUCCGAGCAGAACAUGCUUGACUGGGAGAAUGUGGACGAAGACGUUCUGCGUAGUGCGUGGGAAGAGUUUCGGAAUUCAUUCGGGUACGAGGCUUACGAUGCGGCGGAUGACUGGUGGGUUGACUGGGGCAUCGUGGUACAUCGCCUAUCAGCCGCUCAGAAUGCCAGUACCAUAGACGAUGAUGGCGAUGCUUCUAAUGGAGAGUGCUCGUCACCGUUGCAAGCCGGACUCCGCACGUCUAUCUUAGAUGGACUGCAUAAACAGACUGUUAUUACUACUGUGGAAAAUUAGCGUCAUGUUUUUUCUGGUUUUAAACCUAUGCUCUAACCACGAUUGGUCAUGACAUUCACUACUGUACAUCACUGCGCCUUGAUCCUUCUACUUUCACCGUUGGCUAUUGCUGUCCCUUUUUGCUUUGGAGGUUUUUUACGUAGAGUGUAACACAAGUGUCGUAAUCAUCGAUCACCAUCAUCCGUCGCCCACUAUGCCCAUUAUGCUUUAGUUAUCACGCCUGCUUUAUCGUAUGUCC